AUGAAACAAGGAUUUCAAGAAUAUGAUUUCAUAGUCGUUGGAGCAGGAUCAGCAGGAUCAGUUGUUGCCAAUCGUCUCAGUGAGAAUCCAGAUUGGAAAAUUCUUCUUCUGGAGGCUGGAGGGGAUCCUCCAAUUGAAUCAGCUAUACCCAGUCUUUUGGUAUCAAUAUUUUGGACACAAUACGCCUGGCAAUACUACGUAGAGCCAUCAGAUAAUUAUGGUUUAUUUACAAAAAGAGGAAACUUCUGGCCUAGAGGGAAAAUGCUUGGAGGAUCUAGCUCCAUAAAUGGAAUGUUCUACGUUAGAGGAAAUGAAGAUGACUACAAUGGCUGGGAAGCUAUAGGAAAUCCAUCGUGGGGAUUUGAAAAUGUCUUGAAAUACUUUAAGAAAUCCGAAGCAAAUCGUGAUCCGGAGAUUGCUGAAGCCAAUGAAGGAUAUUACCAUUCAACUGAUGGUUUAAUGUCAGUAGAAUUGUUUAGAGACAACGAAACGUUAAAUAACGAUUUCAUUCAAAUUGCUAAGGAGAUGGGCUUCCAGUUUGUUAAGGAUAUAAAUGCAAAGGAUCAUAUUGGUUUCACCUUUUCUCAAGGAACUCUAAAAGCUGGAGUUAGAGAAAGUACAGCAACUGCCUUUCUCAGUCCUGCAAAAGAUCGAACUAACCUUAAUGUUGUCAAAUACGCUCAUGUUAAGAAUUUAGAGAUUGACGACAACGGCGUAGUAUCAGGAGUAAAGAUGAUUCUAAGAGGAGAAGAAGAGUUAAAAGCUUAUGCAAGGAAGGAAGUUAUAUUGAGUGCUGGUACUAUAAAUUCCCCACAAAUUUUGAUGCUAUCCGGAAUAGGACCAGCUGCUCAUCUUGAAGAAAUGGGCAUUCCUGUAAUUAAGGAUCUGCAAGUUGGAAAGAACUUACAGGAGCAUGCAUCUGUUCAGAUCAUGAUAAAAUUAACCAAAUUAACUGACAAUUCGGCUUCUCAGACUGACGUACUAAAAUCCUUCUUUGAAUACCUUACACAACAUACAGGAAUGCUUGCUACAACUGGGACUGUUCAAACGGUGGGCUAUGUUAACGUCCAUGAUCCUCUGUCAAACUAUCCUGAUUUCCAGUACUAUCACUAUACAUUUAAGAAAGGACAAACAACCGAAAUAUCAUCUCUGUUCAAUGUAUAUGAUUACGUCGAUGAACUCAUAGAUUUAGCAAAAGCACAAGUUGAGGAGUCUGAUGUAGUUUUAAUGCUUAUCGCUCUCCUAACUCCAAAGUCUAGAGGAGAAAUUUUACUACGUAGUUCUGAGCCUACGGAAAAACCUAAAAUUUAUGCUAAUUUCCUAUCAGAUAAUGAAGAUGUGGUAUCCUUCGUUAAAGCAAUUCAGCUCUACCUUAAAUUCUUAGAUACUCCAACGUACAAAUCUUACGGAGCUGAGUUAGUUGUUAUCCCAAUACCAGAAUGCGAUGCUCUAGAUUUCAACUCAGAUGAUUACUGGGCUUGUUACUGCAAAUAUAUUGUUUCUUCUAUUUUUCACCCAGUUGGGACAAAUAAAAUGGGUCCAGACACCGAUCCAGACGCCGUAGUUGAUCCACGACUAAAGGUUAAAGGCACAGAAGGGCUGCGAGUGGUUGAUGCCAGCAUAAUGCCUGUAAUUCCUAGAGGGAAUACUAAUGCUCCGACAAUUAUGAUUGGAGAAAAAGCAUCGGAUUUCAUUAAAGAAGAUUGGGGAUACCUUGAUUAA